AUGCAGCGCGGCCCCCCGGCGGGACGGGCCCCGCGCCCCGCCGCCCCCCCGGCGGCAGGGGGAGGCAGAGCCGGAGCAAACAGCGCAUGCGCCCGCGGCCCGACACGCUUCCUCUCGCGGCCCGCGCCCCUCCGCGCUGCCUGGCCACGCCCUCCCGGUCACGUGGCGCGGAGCGGCCCCCGUGAUUGGUGCCGCCGGGGACGGUGGCCGGCGGGUGCGGCGGGCGGCGGGACCAGGCCAUGGAGCAGGGGGGGGGCCGCCUCGCCGCCGGCGGAGGAGAAGGUGGGGAGACAGGAGGGGGAGGAGGAGGAGGACGACUUCGGCUACCGGCUUUUUCCAGACCGGAACAAGAAGCCGCAGAGCUUCCUGGUCCGCAGCCUCUUCACCUUCCACAACAGGUGCCAGCUGAUGCUGAGGAUGACCCUGGAGACGAAUCCAUAUGCGCAACUUCUUCUUGAGGCUAUGAAGCAAUCUGGUUGCACUGUCUUCAAUGACCGGCACUUUUCUUGUGAAAACUGUGAUGGCUGUGUCAGUGGAGGUUUUGAUUCUGCCACAUCUCAGAUUGUUCUGUGUCAGAACAACAUUCGCCACCAAUCCCAUAUGAAUCGGGUGGUUACACAUGAAUUGAUUCAUGCUUUUGAUCACUGCCGUGCACAUGUUGACUGGUUUAGAAAUGUCAAACACUUAGCAUGUUCAGAGAUUCGAGCUGCUAAUCUCAGUGGAGACUGCACACUGAUGAAUGAAAUAGCCAGGUUUAAAUUUGGUUUAAAAGGACACCAUCAGACUUGUGUGCGAGACAGAGCAAUUCGUUCCAUUCUGGCUGUUAGAAAAGUUAGCAAAGAAACAGCAGAAAAAGCUGUGGAUGAAGUUUUUGAUGCCUGCUUCAAUGAUCUGGAACCUUUUGGAAGAAUCCCGCACAGUAAAACAGAUGCAAAACGUGCUUAUAGAGACUUUCAGAACAGAGAUCGCUAUAAUGCUAAUUUGUGAAGGAAAAAAACCAUGGAAAAUGAUAUUAAUAUCUGAUUGUUCUGUAACAUCUGGAGUUACAGUCUAUGCUCACAGUGCUGGUGGAAAGGGCAGUUCUAUCAAAUGUGUCAGUUAAUUUUGUAAGCUUUUUCCAGGACCCAACUUCCACGGAAGUAAACAAAGUAAAUGAACAAGACUAAAAACUGUCUUUCCUCAUCUGUUAUUCCAGCAAGAUAAGUUAGUAGACCAAGUGACUUGUCAAAUAAGGAUCUGCACAUUUCAAUGCACAUUUAAUUCUGCUCAGCCUGACUAGGACUUGGUUUCUGAAAGUUUUGUUGUUGCUGAAUAAAUCUUUUCAUAAAAUCUUUA